UGCUAGUGACUUGCCAGUGUCAAAGUGGAAUUAUGCUCGUGCACAUCGCGAUGUCUCUGCGACGCGCCGCAAGCUUUUCGCCCUCUACCCUGUCCACGUCUAUGGGAGGAUCGUCGGCGCGUAGAGGCCAGAGUGACGAGCAGGGUAGCGCAAUGGCGAGGAGACUUUGGUACGUCUGGACGCGGCACGCUCUCGGGCUGAUCCUGCAGCUUCUACUGAUCCAGAAUUUCGCGGCGACGGGAGCCAGCGGCCAGAUAGCCGAGUGUCCGCCCCCUGAAACCAUUCCCGGUUGUCCCUGUUACAAUUUCGAGGACGGUCUUUUCCUCGAAUGCGCUGGCGCCACGGAAGAGACCCUGAGGAGCACUCUGCAAAGCGUUCUGAGCGCGACCGGAGCAGGCACGAUGGUGCAGUCGUUGAGCGUUUACGAGCUGGACAAGACCGUGGAGGAGCUGAAGGACGGCUGCUUCCCGCCUGGCUCUCAGAUCAGGCAUCUACAGAUUUCUCACUCGUCCCUCCGCGAAAUUAGCGAAGGCGCAUUCGCGAAUCUGAAGGACAGCCUGGAGUCGUUGGCGCUGCUUUCUAGUCGUUUGCCUCACGUGCCGCAGAAGUCCCUGGCCGAUCUGCAUAAGCUGGCAGCACUGGAUCUCGAAGCCAAUUUGAUACAGGACCUGUCCUCGUAUUGCUUUUACGGACUGAAGCUGAUGAAGCUCACCCUAAAGGGCAAUCAGAUAUCCAAGAUCUCGGAGUACGCGUUCGCAGGGCUGGAGGACAGUCUCAGUGACCUGGAUUUGACGGAAAAUAAGCUGAAGCUGUUCCCCAUGGCUCCGUUGAGAAGACUGGAGAGCCUGGUUUCCCUGAGACUCGCGUGGAACGAGAUAUCCGAGCUCCCAGACGACGGCUACAGCCUUCUCAGCUCGCUGCUGAUCCUAGACUUGAGCAGCAACAACUUCGAGAAGUUGGCAGAGGAUUGCCUACGAUCGUGCCCGAUUUUGCACACGCUGUCGCUGUAUUAUAACUCGAUCGAGACGAUCCACAAGGACGCGUUCGUGUCGCUGAAGGAGCUCGAGUCUAUCGAUCUUAGCCACAACAAGAUCGUGUUUCUCGAUGUCACGACGUUCAAAGGGAACGAAAGGCUACGUAACAUCGAGCUGAGCCAUAAUCACAUCCAUUACAUCGGCGGGGUGUUCGCAAGGCUGCCAGAACUGCGGGAGCUUUACCUGGCGGAGAACAAUAUCCUGGAAAUCCCCGGGGACGCGUUUAUCGGCAGCGUGAGUCUCGCGGUCGUCUACCUUCAGCAGAAUGCCAUCAGAAGAAUCGAUGGAAGGGGUCUCACCAGCCUCACCCAAUUGGCCCAAUUACAUCUCAGCAACAACUACAUCGAAAAGGUGCCGCGGGAAUUCCUCGAGCACUGCGAGAACCUCUCGUCCCUGUCUCUCGAUGGCAACAAGAUCCACGAGCUUCAGCCCGGCACUUUCUUAAAAUUGCAUCAACUCAGGGAGCUACGACUGCAAGACAAUAACAUCACCGAGGUAAAACGUGGAGUCUUUUCGCCCCUCCCAUCGCUGCUCGAGCUCCAUUUGCAGAACAACGCCAUCACCGACAUGGAAACGGGCGCACUGAGGACCUUGAACAGUCUUCAACACGUCAAUCUCCAAGGCAAUCAGCUCACCGUUCUGGGAGACGUGUUCCAGCUGUCCGCUUCCGAGUCAUCCUCUGGCGGAAGCUCGCUGGUCUCUAUUCAAUUGGACAGCAACGGACUGGCCGUGUUACACAACGACUCCCUGCGUGGCCAGGCAUCGGUUAGAAUCAUGUGGCUCGGUCACAACAAAUUGACGCACCUCCAGGCACCUCUGUUCAGGGAUUUACUGCUGGUCGAGAGACUCUACUUGACCAAUAACUCGAUAUCCAGGAUAGAGGACGGUGCCUUCCAGCCUAUGCAGGCCCUGAAAUUCCUCGAGCUGAGCAUGAACAAGCUCGGCCAUAUCACGGCUAGGACCUUCUCCGAGCUUCACGAGCUGGAAGAGCUGUACCUCCAGGACAACGGCCUCAGCCGGUUAGACCCGUACGCUCUGACAGCGCUUAAGAAGCUGAAAGUCCUGGAUCUGGCGAACAAUCAUCUAACCGUCCUGCACGAUGCCAUCUUUCAAGAGGGUCUGCCCAUCAAGACGCUAAAUCUGAAGAACUGUUCCAUCAAGAGCAUAGAGAACGGAGCUUUCAGAGGACUCAGCAAUUUGUCCGACUUGAACCUGGACGACAAUCACCUCUCGGUCUCGGCCUCGUUCAACCUACACAUCGCGGGUCUUCGAACUUUGGCAGCGUCCGGGAACAACUUCAGACAAAUCUCCGAGCACAGUCUGAACGGUCUGCCCUCUCUGCAGGAAUUGUAUCUGGAUAAGGCUCAGAUAUCCCAGCUGCCCGAGUCCGUGUUCGUUCUGAAUCGAAACUUGGCACGACUGCACCUGAACAAGAAUUAUCUACGCAAUCUGCCGCCUGGUAUCUUCGACAAACUGUUGUCUCUUAAAGAGAUUAAAUUGGAUCACAACGGGUUCCAGGACAUCCCGUAUUCGGCCUUGGCCAACGCGCUGAACCUGCAGGUGCUGACUCUGUCCAAUAACGAAAUCGUGAACGUGGACGUGGCCAGUUUCGUUAGUCUCAAGUACCUGAGGGAAUUGGACCUGAGCCACAAUCGAAUCGAGACGAUGUCCGGCUUCGCCACGGCCAACCUGUCGCGUCUCAUCUCGGUGGACCUCAGUCACAAUCACUUGAACGCACUCCCUGCCAAUUUCUUCGCUCAUUCUUCCAUGCUGAGCAGAGUGGAUCUCUCUGAGAACAAGUUCAGGCAGAUACCCGCGGUGGCCUUGUCCGGUCAGAACCUACCCGGUCUAACCUGGCUGAACUUGACGAGGAAUCCCUUGAACAGGAUCCACGUUCUUCCCUCGGAGGCAAAGUACCCGAUACUUCAAGAGGUGCACAUAUCAGGCACGAACCUUAGCAUAGUGACGUCCCAGGACUUCGAGGCGUUCCCAGCUCUCUUGCAUUUAUAUCUGAGCCAGAAUUCCAUAUCGAGGGUAUCCCCGGGCGCGUUUAGAAGCUUACCCAACCUCUUAACCCUGCAUCUGGGAAUGAACAGCUUGGACAUCCUGCCGAAGGAGAGGCUACAAGGCAUGGAGCAUCUGCGGAUCCUGAAUCUGACCCACAAUCUACUGAAAGAGCUGGACGAAUUCCCAGAGGACUUGAAGUCCUUGCAGAUAUUGGACCUCUCGUACAAUCAGAUCGGCAUUGUGGGCAAGGUGACGUUCAAGAACCUAGUCAGCCUGGUGGAGCUGCAUCUUUAUGGUAAUUGGAUCAACGCCAUCUCCAGCGAGGCGUUCAGACCGCUGAAGAAGCUGCGAUUAUUGGACCUGAGCAGGAAUUACUUGGAGAACCUGCCUCUGAACGCGUUCAGACCUCUCGAGACACAGAUACGGAGCUUACGCGCCGAAGAGAAUCCAUUGGUCUGCGGCUGCGAGUCGCAGGAGCUCUGGGAAUGGUUGAGGGACCACCAGAAGCUGGUUAGCGGAGUAGGUGGCGGUCGCGGUCGCGGAAGAAACGGUGUCGGGGUCGGCGACGUGGAGGAUGGUCUGCUGAAAUGCCAGCAGCCGCCGGAGCUGCAGGGUCUGGUUUUCCUCGAUCUCGAUCCCCACGAGUUCUGUUCCGCUCCGUUGAUCCUGAAGCUCGCGAUUCAGGACAUCCAGCCGUUCUCCGUCCUCGUGUCUUGGCAGAGCAGGAACCACUCCGGUUUGCACGGCUACCAAGUGGCUUAUCACGCGCUGGACAACGUCGACGAGGUGCGAGGCAAGCUGCUGGAUCCCAAGGCACGGUCUGUUAGACUGACGAAGUUAGCCUCGGACACCCGGUACCUGAUCUGCGUGCUCGGCCUUGGCAGCUGGGGCACGUCAAUCCCGGAGGACAUUGGCUCUUGGCAAUGGAACGCUUCUCACGACGACGUGAUCGAGGGCUCGGCCCGUCCCGCGAUGGUGAACUCGCUCACGAGCCAGUGCACGGAGGUUAGAACCCUAGACGCGCCUGAUUCGAUCGUCGGCGACGGGACGAUGAGCGACAGAGGCGGUCUGGCGAACAUCUUGACCAGGAGACUGGGUCUGAUAGUCGGCAGCUGUAUGGGCUUCGUCGUGUUCGUCGUGUUAAUCUCCGUGUUGGGUUACAUGAAGAUGAAGAAGCAGAGGUCGACCGAGAAGAGGGACCAGCCGCUUUCGUCCAACCCACAGGCGUACAUGUCCUACAGGCACUUCUCGUUGCAGAGCGGGGACAGGGCGGACAACGCGUGUCCCAGUUUCAUCAGUAACAUCGGCACCACCCCGUUGAACUCGUAGCACAAGCCGAAGGAGUCUCGAAGAGAGACUGACCACCGUGCAAUCGAGAUGAAGAGC